AUGCACAUACCGACGCACAUGCUGUCUCCUGGGCAGAAUGGCUAUCGAGCUCCUACAGUUGAAGAUUAUCAUGUCCAAAACGGCGGCUCCACAACACCCAAUAGUGCUCGAACGCCUAACGGGGUCGCGCCUCCCAAUGAUCAUUCCACACCUAACAGCCUACAUCAUCGGCUACCUCACAUUCGCGAUCAGGUGAACCUGAGCACUACCAGUCUGGCUCGCAGCAUCCUCGACGAGCUACACUGGGGGGAGAGGAUAAGGCAUUACACAUGGACAUUCUUUACGAUGACCAUGGCUACAGGAGGGAUAUCGAACGUGCUUUAUGCUGUACCGUUCCGAUUCCGCGGCCUCGAAGCUAUCGGCAUCAUUUUCUUCCUUCUCAACAUCGUCCUCUUUAUUUUCAACAUUGUGAUGAUAUCUCUACGCUUCUACUUCCACCCAGAAACAUUCAAAGCUUCUUUUCUGCAUCCCACAGAAAGACUCUUCAUACCAGCGGCUGUAGUUUCGUUCGGUACAAUUCUACUCAACAUAUCUCAGUACGGUCCAAGCCACGCUGGUGAUUGGCUCAAUGAUGUUGUUGUCGUCUUGUUUUGGGUAGAUGCAGGCUUGGCUCUUACCGCUUCAAUGGGUGUGUACUUGAUCAUGUGGUCGACCGCAUCCUUCACAAUAGAAAAUAUGACACCAAUUUGGAUCUUUCCAGCAUACCCGCUUCUCAUAAUUGGACCUCAUGCUGCUGUACUCAGCCAGACUCUCGAGCAGAGGCGAGCCUUCGACAUCAUUGUUGGUGGAUUCACCCUACAAGGCAUUGGAUUCAUGGUCUCAUUGAUGAUCUACUCUGCAUUCAUCUACCGUCUCAUGACCCAGAGGCUACCUCAAGCAAGCACAAGACCUGGUAUGUUCGUGUCGGUUGGACCAUGCGGGUUCACUGUUGCAGGGGUGAUAGGGAUGGCAGAGGGCGCUCAACGAGCGUUGCCCCCGGACUUCAUGGGUAAUACCCCAAUGUCGGCAAUGAUACUCAAGGUCAUUUCGGCAUGGAUGAGCCUUUGGAUAUGGGGUCUCGCAUUCUGGUUUUUCUUCAUAUCCGCUGGCGCUCACUGGUCUUGCGUUGGCCCCCACAAAAUGGUCUUUACCAUGACAUGGUAUUCAUAUGUCUUCCCAAAUACGGCACUAGUGACAUCGACGUUCGCCAUUGGCAAAGCCUUUAACUCUAGAGCGAUUCAAAUAAUCGGCUGUGUCAUGACAGCGAUUCUGAUACUUACUUGGUUCUUCGUCGUUGGAAUGAUGGUCCGAGCUAUCAUGUUGAAGCAGAUCCUCUGGCCGCAAAAGGGAGAAGACAAAGACGAAGGCGGUUUUAAGGCCCCGAGACCGAACAGAAGAAUUAGUGUUUGA